AUGAAGCCAAAUCCUCCACCAGACAAUUCUCAGCUCCCGCCAUCGGUUCUCGAGUUGCAGGUCAAGCUGAGCAACAUUCAGAAUGCCAUUACGGAGGAAGAAUUCAGUGCCCUCAAAGACUUUCAACGGAUUGCAAAUUAUAUGUCUGCUGCCAUGAUCUACUUGCGCAAGAAUACGCUUUUGGAGAAACCACUCAACAGGGAUGAUAUCAAGUACCGACUACUAGGCCAUUGGGGAACGGGCCCUGGCCUUGUCCUCAUCUACUCGCACUUGAAUCUCUUGAUUCGGAAGAAUGACUUGAAUAUGUUUCUGGUGACAGGUCCUGGUCACGGCGCCCCGGCUAUCCUUUCAAGUCUUUGGAUUGAAGAUUCUCUGUCCCCUUUCUACAAGGAUUUGACACGUACCAAAGAGGGCUUGGGUAAGCUGGUGGCGGGAUUCUCGACACCGGGCGGAUUUCCAAGCCAUGUGAGUGCUGGAGUACCGGGCUCUAUACAUGAGGGUGGAGAGCUUGGAUACGCGCUAGGAGUCGCAUUUGGAGCGGUUAUGGACAAUCCGGAUCUCAUUGUGACCUGUAUUGUCGGAGAUGGUGAGGCGGAAACUGGUCCAACGGCGACUGCCUGGCAUGGCUACAAGUAUCUCGACCCCGCCGAGUCUGGUGCGGUUCUUCCUAUCCUUCACUGCAAUGGUUUCAAGAUCAGCGAGCGCACCAUCUUUGGGACAAUGGAUAACCGUGAAAUUGUGUCGCUAUUCAGUGGGUACGGCUAUCAAUGCUGCAUUGUCGAAGACUUGGACCAUCUCGACCACCAACUGGCUGCGGCAUUGCAAUGGUCACUCGCGGAAAUUCGUCGAAUCCAGCAUGCUGCUCGGAGCGGAAAGCCAAUUGUAAAACCGCGUUGGCCCAUGAUUGUCUUGAGAACGCCCAAGGGCAUGACGGGACCAAAAUCCCUCGAUGGGCAGCCGAUUGAGGGUUCCUUCAAGUCUCACCAGGUACCACUCGCCGACCCUCAACAUAGCCAGGAACAAUUUGACCUGCUCAAGAAUUGGCUUGAAUCCUAUAAGCCCUCCGAGUUCUUUGACCAGGGCUCUGCUAUGCUCAAAACGAUUGACAAACAUCUGAUUCCUCAAGACCCCUCGAAGAGAAUGGGACAGAGAAAGGAGACGUAUGAUACUUAUUAUCCGAUCAACUUGCCUGACUGGAAGGAAUACGGGCGCCAGAAGGGAGAACAGGCCAGCGAGACCAAAACUGCUGGUCGGUUCCUUUUAGAUGUUUUCAGAAAUAAUCCCAAAACGACGAGACUUUGGUCCCCAGACGAACUGACCUCCAACAAGCUUGACGCCGUUUUGGAGUUCCAAGGACGUGAUUUCCAAUGGGAUCCAGAGUCGCGUGCAAAUGGAGGGCGUGUCGUCGAGAUUCUAUCCGAGCAUACUUGUCAAGCACACCUACAAGGCUACACUCUCACUGGGAGGACUGGACUCUUCCCAAGCUACGAGAGUUUCUUGGGAAUUGCCAAAGAGAUACCAUGGCGCAAAGAUAUCGGUAGCCUCAAUUACAUCGAGACCAGUACGUGGACUAGGCAGGAGCACAACGGGUUCUCCCAUCAAAACCCUUCCUUCAUUGGAGCCGUCCUCAACCUCAAAGCCAAGUUUGCGCGAGUGUACCUCCCUCCCGACGCCAAUUGCAUGAUAUCCACGGUCGCCCAUUGCCUCACUUCGAAGAACUAUGUCAAUCUCAUUGUGAGCUCCAAGCAUGAGACGCCAGUUUGGCUGUCACCAGACGAAGCAGCCGAGCAUUGCAAACGUGGGGCAUCUAUCUGGAAGUUUGCGUGCACCAACGGAGGUGCCGACCCCGACGUCGUACUCGUCGGCAUCGGAACCGAGCUCACUUUUGAAGUCCUCGCCGCUACUUCGAUGCUGCAUGACAUGUGUCCCGACAUUCGCAUCCGUGUAUGCAAUGUCACCGACUUGAUGAUCAUGGGCGCACACGGUAGCCACCCACAUGCACUGCAGGACGAAAAGUUUGAAGAGUUGUUUACUGCGGAUAAGCCAGUGCUCUUCAAUUACCACGGUUACGCACUCGAGCUUCGUGGUCUUCUCUUUGAUCGACACAAUAUGGACCGCGUGCAUAUCGAGGGAUAUCAAGAGGAGGGGACGACUACGACUCCGCUGGCGAUGCUGGUGCUGAACAAGGUCUCGCGCUAUCAUGUCGCCAAGUUUGCACUAAGCCGCGGCCGAAAGUCGAAUCCAAAGGUCGAUGCUGUAGCUGACAAACUUAUUCAAGAGAUUGACAAGAAGGUUGAUGACUUUUGGAAGUAUAUUAACGAAAACGGCAAAGAUCCUGAUGGUGUCUUUGACAAGCCAAAGUUCCUCAACCUUUGA